GAGUCGCAGAGAGAGAGAGAGAGAGAGAGAGCUGUAGAGAGAGAAGUGGCAGUUAGCUUGUCUCUUAGAGAGAGAGAGAGAGAGAGAGAGAGAGAGAGAGAGGGUUGAAAUAUAGGGGGGAGGAGAACGGCAACAAUGGCCACUGACCAGGAGAUAUCCCAAGCCCUACAUUCCCUUCUCAGGGACUCCUACUCUUCUUCCUCCUCAUCCUCCUCGGCCAACCCUAACAAGCCCCCCGCCGCCGCCCCCUUCACCUCCUUCGCCGACGUCGUUCAGCAGCUCGAGUCCAGGCUCGGCCUCGACCUCACCCACAAGGUCGACUUCAUCCGCUCCCAGAUCCAGCUCCUCUUCCGGCCUCAGCCCCAACCUCAGGCUCCGCCUCAGCUGCAGCAGCAGCAGCCGCCCUACCCCCCUCUCCUCCACCGGAAUGACCACCAACACUUCGGCCUCCAGCAGAGCCCCAAUUUCUACCCCCACCACCACCCCCACGCCGCCGCGUCCUCCGCCUUCCACGGCUUCCCCUCCCAGUACGCUCCCGCCCCUCCUCCUCCCGUUGCUCCCGCAGCCAGACCCGUCGAACCCCCAAAAGAGAGUGCACCAGCGAAAGCCAAGAGAAAAGGUGGGGCAGGGGGUUUGAACAAACUUUGUGGUGUUUCACCUGAACUUCAGGCCAUUGUUGGCGAGCCGGCUCUCCCCAGAACUGAGAUUGUGAAGCAGCUAUGGGCUUACAUAAGGAAAAACAAUCUCCAAGAUCCUAGUAACAAGAGGAAGAUAAUAUGCAAUGACGAGCUGAAAUUGGUAUUUGAAACAGAUUGUACUGACAUGUUCAAGAUGAACAAGUUACUGGCUAAGCACAUCAUCCCCCUCGAUCCAACAAAACAGCCAGUUGUUAAGAAGCAAAAGUCAGAUGCUGAGACUGGAAUCAGGAGUACUGAACCCGGUCCUUCUGUGAAGAUUUCUGAUGCGCUAGCCAAAUUUUUUGGUGUUGAUGAAAAGGAGAUGCUUCUGACAGAAAUUAAUAAACGUAUCUGGGAAUACAUAAAUGUGAAUCAGCUGCAGGAUCCACAAGAUACAAUGCUGAUACAAUGUGAUGCGAAGCUUCAAGAGAUUUUUGGAUGUGAAAGCAUUCACGCUUCCGGGAUAUCUGAAGUUUUGGCACGCCAGUAUAUAAUCAGCUCGUGACUGAUUAGGAAUUGCUGAUGAGCUCGUUCGCCGCUGCUACUCUCUUACAAGGCAUAUUUUCCAAGUUUCGUAGUGAUUGCUUAGUCUCUCUUGUUCUAAGACAAGCCCAGAUUAUUAGCUAAUGUACAGAAUCAGGUGCAUAACUGAAGUUUAUCUCUGACAAUGCAUUUCAGAUUAGGCUUGUUUGUGGCACUCUGAUUCUUUUUUGUAGAGUGCAUUCGAUUGAAAAUCCAGACGAAAUGUAAAUGCAGAUGCUGAUCAUCUAGUGCAAAGUAAAGAUCGUCGUAAUUGGAGCUUUUGUGAAUUUCGACUUGGCUAA